AUGUUUGGUCUACAAAAGCCCCGUACUUUGGAAAAGUUUCGAGAAUGUCGAUUGAAGAACGCCGGUCGUGGCUUACGUGCAAUGGCUCAUAAAGAAGAUUCGAUGCUGCUUGUCCAUUUAGAAAAAUCCAAAAAAGAAAAGGUCCAUGGAGAGAAAUUGAGAGUAUUACAUGGAGCAACAGUUGAUCACACGAAGUCAGCGCUAUUAGACAAAAACAGAUUACUUUACAAUCUUUCUAAUCGGAUUCUGGAUGAAAAUGAAAUGAAAUUAUUAUGCCGAGGAUGGAAAUUUUGUGAAUGUAAUAACAUAUUUAUUUAUCUUAUUGAAAUCGGUAGUGAAGAAUUAGUUAAACAAUUAGCCAGAAUUCAACAGGAACGUAUUCGCUCUACAUUACCGAAAAUAAUCGACGAAUUAAGAACACAAAUCCAGCUGAAACAGAUUGAACUAGAUAAAUUACCAUCAGCAUUAACAACUGAAUCAGAAUGUUUAGUAAGAUUUGGGAAAUUAAUUAAAAUGUAUCGUGAAUUAAUUUUUGCUAGAGUAACUGGUGUUUACAAUAAUGAUUUAUCAAUGAUAAUGGUAGAUAUAACAUUAAUUAAAUAA